UCUGUUGGUGAUUCCCACACACACGCUCUCUCUCUCUCACUCACACACACACACACACACAGACACACACUGAGAGACACACACUCCCUCAUUCUCCUGCUGUGGAAACUUUGUGGAGGCUGCCUCUAGAGGGGGGGUUGGGACAGAGGCGGACGCUCGCUCUCAGCUCCGCGGCGCCGCAGCGCUCUCACUCGGCUCCGGCAGCGGCUCGUGUGCGGCUCGGAGCUCCGGCGGGAUGUCGGCCGUCAAGGCGCUGCAGCAGUGGUGCCGGCUCCGGUGCGAGGGCUACCGGGACGUGGCCAUCACCAACAUGACCACGUCGUUCAGGGACGGCCUGGCUUUCUGCGCCCUCAUCCACAGACACAGACCUGAGCUCAUCGAUUUCGAGUCGCUGAAGAAGGACAAUGUCUACGACAACAACAAACUGGCCUUCAAGGUGGCGGAUGAGGAGUUGGGGAUCCCGGCUCUGUUGGACGCAGAAGACAUGGUGGCCAUGAAGGUUCCCGACCGCCUCAGUAUCCUGACCUACGUCUCGCAGUACUACAACUACUUCCACGGACGCUCCCCGAUCGGUGGAAUGGCAGCCAUUAAGCGUCCGGCCGAGGCCGCCACAGAUGAACCCUCGGGAAAGAAGAACCAGGCGGUGGUGGCGAAGGUGUUCCCCGGGUCCAAGCCUGCCAGAGAGAACAGCCCUCCCCGCUCCUCCCCCUUCACCAGGCCUCCGCCCUCCCCAAAACCAAGCAGGGACGUCACAAAGGACGUCCCAGUGGAGCGAUCCCAUCAAACAGGAACCCUGAGUAACAAGUGUGCAUCCUGUGACAAGCACGUUCACUUGGUGCAGCGACACCUAGUGGAAGGGAAGCUCUACCACAGGAGCUGUGCAAAAACAAGACGAAAGCAGCAGGAGCAGCAGCUUUCAUCUCCGGCAAAAAUGAAACAACUCCAAACCUGGAUAAAGGUGGAGACAGAGCUAAAGCAGCAGGUGGAGGAGGAAAAGUGAGUUUUAAACCAGAAGAAGCUGAAAGCAACAAGACGAAAGCAGCAGCAGCAGUAGCAGCAGCUUUCAUCUCAAAGAAACAGACCGAGGAGAACAACAACAACAGCAGCAGCAAACCAACAUGGACGAGUGCAUCGCUGAAGAAACCUGACACACCUGCUCAGGUGGAGACUCCUAAGAAGGAGACGGGGGGAGUCAGAGGGAGGGUGAAGCUGAGAGCCAACCCAUCGCUCCUCGCUGACCUGCUGCCUGUUGACCCCCCGACCUCUACCCCGACCUCUACCCCGACCCCGGCCUCCAGGGGCGGACUGAGAACCAGAACUCCAGAGAGAGGGGACCCGAAGCCUCGCAGCCCCUCGCCCAGCCCCUCAGCGUCGGAGAACGAGUCCCCUGCAGACUGGAGGUCGAAGCUCAAACCCGUCGGCAAAGACACAAAACCUGCUGCUCCUCCACCGUGGGCAAACGGAGCUGGAAAGCCCCAGAACCCAGAGCCCUCUCCUGGGCCUCCCUCUCAUGGUUCUACCCCGAGUGUCCCUGUCACGUCACCUCCAUGGAAGGGAUUUCAGAAUGUUCCGAGAGACCAAACUGCAAACGGCACCAAGUCGGAGUCAAAGACCUCGAAGAUGAAGCCAGACUACAUUCCUAAAGAGGACAUCAUGAAGGAGCUUCAGAACAUUGAAGACAGCUUGAACGAGUUGGAGAGAAGAGGAGUGGAGCUGGAGGUGAAGCUCCGCGGGAGCGAGGAAGAGGGGGAAGAUGAGGAUGAGGUCAUGGUCGAGUGGUUCAACUUGAUCAGGAACAAGCAGGUGGCCAUGCGCCGGGAGUCUGAACUGGUUUACAUAGGAAAAACUCAGGACCUGGAGGAGCAGCAGCCCAGUGUUGAGCUGGAGCUCAGGAGACUGAUUGACAAACCAGACCGUCUGAAAACAGCCAUGGACAGAAAGAGGGAGAAGGAGCUGAUGGACAAGCUGGUGGAGAUCGUCAACGACAGAAACGCCAUCGUGGACGGGCUGGACGAGGACAGACUCCGGGAGGACGAGGAGGACCAGGAGCUAAACAAGUUGAUGAUGAAUUUCACCGUAAAGAAGGACAAACCAAAGAAGAAGGCCAAACUGUUCAGCUGGGGGAGCAAGAAGGAGGGAUGACGCUCCUCAUAGGUUCCGUCUGUGAUGCCUCGUGCUAUCGUCUUAAUGUCAGUGAUUCAGGGGACACUGUCAGUCGCUCUGUCACGUUCAGUGCUUUAAGGAAAAUACCCACCCCAGCCUUAAAGAUCUGACGUACACACACACACACACACACACACACACACACACACACACACACACACACACACACACUCACACACAUGGAUGAUGUUGAGGGGGAUGAUGACUCACCAGCCGGGUUCAGUGCCCCGCUUGUUAGUUUUAAUCCCCUUCUCGUCUUAAUCUGUCUACUUAAUGCUCACACACACACACACACACACACACAGACACACACACACCCUCUAAACAUCUCCGUACUUAUUGAAAUGUUGCCUGUGUACAGUCACACUGAUGCUAAUGGGAGUUAAUGGGGAACAGGAGUCAUGGCGGAGGUCGGCUCCCUCCACGCUCUGACCCUCGUGUUGUUGCUCACGUCAAACUACAUUUCUCCUUUUAACCACUAAUGUGUUUCACUGUGAACGUUUCGGGACAAACGCGAAACUCGGCCAAUCACCAGUCCGUGUCGGGCCCUGACCUUUGACGAGCUCUUUUUUAAACUGGAUCGUUAUUUUACACGAGGGGUUUUACAAGAUGUAAUGUUUCCCUACCUGGUGGUUGAGAGCUUUUUCACAGCCUUUCCUUCAUUUUGUAAAUGAAUACACGAUUUAACAUGUACAAAUAUUAAGACAGAAAGAAGGGAAAUCUAAGGAGACAUAAUCUUUAUAUCCAAAUUCAAAAGAUGUCUUUAUAAAAUCUCUAACUAUACGAGAUCUGUAAAAACUGCCUGUACCUUUCUAAUUGUUCAUGUGGUGUCGGAAUAAUUAGAAAGAAUAAGUCAAAUCAACUCUUUUACAAAAAAUGUAAACUAAAUAUAAUGACGAGUUGAUACAGAAACGUGUGUAACAAAGUCACUGGAAAUCAGGUUGUGCUCUUUUCUGCUCUUUUCUUUUUACUUUGUCACUUUCUCACGUGUUGUUCUUAAAUGUUUCCAUGUUUGAGAAAACGCAGGAUUCCAGUCUGGGUCAGGAGUUUUUAAUCUAAACUAAAUGGGAGAACUGGUCCAUAUUGGAUUUGAAGAUGUGUUAAAUGUUUCUUAGCUUAAAUGACCUGUUUAAUGUUUUCACGAUAUGUGUAUUCUUGACCAAAGUGCUCGCUUUAAACAUAAUUAGUUGCUACUUAAUGAAAUGUAAUGUUGUACAUAUGGUGAGAGUUCUUGACCUCUUUAUAUUUGUCGGAUGUGAAUAUUGUAAAAAGUUUGUUCUAACAAUAAUCUUAUAAUUCAACGGAGAAACUGACCUAGAUUUUCA